AUGGCAGCAAAGCUCCGGAUUCCAGUGAUCACGUUCAAGGAGGGACUGGUCGAUGCGGUGAAGCAGCGGAUCCUGGCGACGGACUCACCGGCGCGCGCGCUGUUCCAGGCUGGCGGACUGGAGUUCGUAACACUGCCCCUGCCAAUGUUUCCCCCGUCUCACGGAGUGCAGGCAGCAGCUCCCGGUGACAAAGUUGACGCAGAGAAGGUUGAGCUCGUGGAGAGCAAGUGGGAGCUCACUGAAGAUCAACUGGAAGUCCUAUUACAGGCGACGAUUGUCUUGGGGGACGCGCACAAUUGCGCGCCGCUGUUAUUGACCCCGGAGACUGGACUGCCCAAGAAUAUGCAGCACCUCCUUAAGAAUGUGCAGUGGGUGCAGGGAACGUAUGCUGGGGUGGAGCAGUACCUCAAACGUUGGGAACCAGGCACUCCGCCACCGUCAUUCCAGCUGACACGCGCCGGUGGCAUCAAUGGAUUGGCGCAAUACGUCUUUGGGUACAAGCAGAAGGUGUUCGCACAGCAGGCGCUGAGAUACCGACCAUUCCAGUCGGUGACCGUGGGCAUCUUGGGCCUGGGGGCAAUCGGUCAAGCUAUCGGCAGACUGGCCAAGCUGGCAGGUUUCAACGUGAUCGGGUUCUGCGAACAUCCGACUACAUCGUCAGCAUCCUGA